AUGAGUGUUCAAGAGGGCAGGGCGCUGAGCAAGCAGCCCAGGAAAGGCGCUGAACAAGCAGCCUGCAAUCCGCCCCUCCAAUCCUCGAAUCCCUGCAGCCCUCAUGUAUACCGGCCCGUUAUAGGAGGAAGCCGCCAGGGCAGAGAUGAGAGCCGAGGAGAUGGAGCAGCAAGCCUGGGCUGCAGAUCGGCUUGCGUCAGAAAACGCCGAUCUGGCGAAGCGCUCGGCGGUGGAGCUGCACAACGUCAGGAGGAGCAGCAGAAGGAGCUCCAAAAGGUGGCUGCGGAGGCGGAGCAGCGUCUCCAGAAGAGGGACCUGGAGUGGACGGCAGCGGCGCGGACCCGCGACAAGUGGCACUCCUCCGUGCGGGAUCAUUUGACGGCGGAACUGCAGGAGAGCCGCAGCGAGUCCCGAACCCUCGCCGGGAAGCUGGAGGACGAGCAGCAGGCGUCCCGAACCCUCGCCGGGAAGCUGGAGGACGAGCAGCAGGCGGCGAAGAAGGACCGAAAGGAAGCUGCAGCGGAGCUCCUCAUGCAGCAGGCCGCCAACAUAGCUCUGGAAGUCCAGCUGAUUGGCGGCCGCCGCGGAAAACAGAGUGAGCCCAGCAGCGGCACUGGCGUCAAACGCCGCGGACAACAGAGUGAGCCCAGCAGCGGCAAUGGCAUCAAAAGACCGUAG